AGCCAUAAGCAAAAAUCCACCCCUUUCUUCCCCUCCCAACCUUUGUAGGGAAGGAGGGAAAAAAAAGAAAGAAAAAACCUAGAGCUAUCAGCCGUCAGCAGCUCAGUCCGAUCCUGCAUGUGUGGAGCCCCAGAGCCAUGUUCUAAGUGUAACCCGGCUGCAACAACAUAAACAUACCAGUGGGCCCAAGACAGGACGCAGCGCUAAGCACACAGGAUACAGGAUACCAACCAUAGCAGAGAGGACCAAGGCACUGGGUGACAGCAUGCAACCAGCGCACACAAAGUCCAGAGAACCUCAAGCAUCUGCCAUAGCGCAGUAACAGCUAUCGCUACACAUCUGCGUUCUUCUCAUCCCUUGUCAGAGGUCAGUGUUUCUCAUUCCCCAAAGAGGAGUGCUCCAGAAGCACAAGGUGUAACCAUGAGACAAGUGACAUGGAGCCUGUGUGCAAUACUGUGUCUUUCUAUCUGGGAUGUAGGAACCUGCCAGUCUGGGAAACCAGUACCUCGUAAACGGAGGGCAUCUGAUGAGGAUGGCAAAAAAUGCUCCUACACCUUCCUCAUCCCUCAGCAGAAAAUAACCGGACCGAUUUGCGCCAGUUCGACCGGCCCAGAGCCCGACAAGGACCGGGUAACACGUAUGGACAUUGCGGAUGUGCGCGAAGUGCUGUCCAAGCAGCGACGUGAGAUUGAGACCCUGCAGCUGGUGGUGGAUGUGGAUGGCAACCUGGUGAACGAGAUGAAACUGCUGCGCAAAGAGAGCCGCAAUAUGAACUCGCGAGUUACGCAGCUUUACAUGCAGCUGCUGCACGAAAUCAUCCGAAAGCGUGAUAACUCACUGGAACUGGCACAACUGGAGAACCGUGUGCUUAAUGUCACAGCAGAGAUGCUGCGCCUGGCUGCACGUUACAAGGACCUAGAGUCACGCUACUCAGCAAUGGCCAGCCUGGUUAAUAACCAGUCAGUACUCAUCAAUGCACUGGAGGAGCAGUGCAUGCGCACCUACAGUCGCCACGAGCCACCUGUAGUACCACCUCUAGUGCAGGUGGUGCCAGAGAACCUUCCAGUCAACAACCACUUCACCAAUGAGAUCCAGAGGAAUCACAAUCGUGCCUUCCCACGUGGCUCCCGAAAGGACUCCUCCCCCACUGAAGGCCCCUUUGGGUUCCCCCUUCCACCACAGGUCAACUACAGCUCUGAAGGACCAUUUCGGGACUGUUACCAGGUACGGCAAGCAGGACACACCUCCAGUGGGAUAUACCUACUGAAGCCAGAUGGCAGUGACCGCCUGAUUCAAGCAUGGUGUGAGCAUGGUCUGGACAACGGUGGUUGGACAGUCUUCCAAAGGAGAAAGGACGGCUCUGUCAAUUUCUUUAGGAACUGGGAGAACUAUAAGAAAGGAUUUGGCAACAUUGAUAGUGAGUAUUGGCUGGGUUUGGAGAACAUCUACAACUUGGGAAAGCAACGGGACUACCGCCUACUGGUAGAGCUGGAAGACUGGGUGGGGAAGAAGGUCUACGCCGAGUACAGCAGUUUCCACCUGGAGCCUGAGAACGAGUUCUAUAAGUUGCGCCUAGGCACCUACCAAGGCAAUGCUGGUGACUCUCUCACCAGUCACAAUGGAAAGCAAUUUACUACGCUAGACCGUGACAAGGAUGCCUUCUCAGGAAACUGUGCACACUUUCACAAAGGAGGGUGGUGGUACAAUGCUUGUGGCCAAACAAAUCUGAAUGGAGUGUGGUAUUCAGGAGGAGUGUACCGCAGCAAAUUCCAGGACGGAAUCUUCUGGGCAGACUAUGGGGGUGGCUUCUACUCCCUGAAGUCAGUACGCAUGAUGAUCCGGCCCAUUGACUGAGAAGAGAUCGACUCUCAAGGCCCUGACUUCACCCCAGCCUCAUCUCCAUCUCUCAACCAAUGGGAUACCGGUUACCACCUUCCAUCUCACUGUUACAUCACACUCUGCAAACGUACUUUGUUAAUGGCAAACAAUGUACCCAACUACCUAUCUGAUGUGCAGAGGACUGUGAAGAAUGAAGGUGGAAGGAAGAUACAUUCCCAAAGUCAAAAGAGAUUAAGCACCUCUAGCCAUAAGUGGAAAGGCAAGAUUAGAGAACCUCUACAAGGCAACAGCUGUCUCAAAAUAGGCAGCUGCUACUGCUCAGUUUCUUUUGGAAACACAAACCUUUAAUAUACAGUACAGAUGGAAAGCAUGGGGAAGGCAGGCUGGCCUGGGUAUUGGUUUAAUUUAGAUGAUUUGGUCAAACAGAAAAAAGGAAAAAAGGCAAAUUAUAAAAAGUCUCUGCUGGGAUCAUCUUAACUUGCAUUGGUAUGUAAAUAUAUUUGGCCUUUUUGUAAAAGAUAAUUUAAAUGGCCAAACUGCUUAUUCUGAAUGUUUUCUUUGCAAGCCUGUCACCCUCUCUUAUUUAUCAGUUUAUUUAUAAUUGAUAUUUAGUCUUGCCCUUAUUUAUCCUUGUGAAGAUGUAAAGUCUGUAUAUGCUGAUUGCCAUCAAACUCCUUUGCCCCUCAGCCAACUGUGGAGGAGUAUACUUUACACACAAAGUCGAUCGGGGAUGGUAUUUCCUUUGCAGCUCAGCAGUCUCCUUCACUCACACUUUGUACAAAAUAAAACUUCAAUAUCCCCUU